CUUUCGAAAACGAAAUUCCGCGAAAUAGAAAAAAGAGAGAAAAUUGAGGGAAAAGCCAAAGAAGCCGAUUCUUCUUCGUCUUCCACCGCGAACGCAGCCCAGUGCCGGCGUUAGGGCGGAUUCGGAAUCUCCGAUCGCCUUCUUUCUUGAUUUUCGAUGUGUUUUGCUUCUUUUUACCUUCAAUUUGUUUUUCUGACGAUUUUCUUUAGUGAAGAACAAGGGGGAUUGUUAUUGCCCUUUCCGGUUUCUUCUUUUGUUCUGUUCGGAGGGUAAAGAAUUUGUUAUUAGUUUCAAUGUCGGCGGCAAUCUCAAUUUAUCGUCCGGAAUUCUUGGGAUCUGUUCAAGAUAGGUGCCGGAAUCACCUCAAAUUUCAUAGAACCUCCGCCUUUGCUUCGUGGAAUAUGACAAUGGAUUAUAAAUCACAUCAAACGAUGAAGAAGGAAGAAGUUUCUAUUCAGAUUUCAACGCCACUAUUGCUGCCAAAGUUGAAACCAUUGGCGUGGAGCGGGUUACAGUUCGACCGGCCGCCACCGGACGAUGAAGAUUUAAUUCACCUGAGAAAAUUAGAGUUUGGUCAAUUCGUAGCAAGGGAGGCUGUGAUUGACGAAGAAUUGUGGACAGCGGCAUGGCUUCGAGCUGAAAGUCAUUGGGAAAAUAGACAAAAUGACCGAUAUGUUGAUAGCUUCAAAAGGAAAUUUGCAGAACAGGAGUUCAAUGCUAUAAAAAAGAGAUGUGGUGGGCAAUAUGGACAGACAUGUACAUGCAUCGUUACGGUAAGGAAGGAGCAGAAGCAUAUAAAACGUACAGUGAUUAAAAGUGUAGUAGCAACUCUUGAUCUGUGCUUGAGGCAUUUGAUGCAUGGCGAGACUUUUCCAGGGGAAAGAGAGAAGAGUCAUGUAUGCAGCAUCAACAAAGAGAUACCAAACAAAUAUGCAUACAUUUCAAACCUAUGUGUAUUGAAAGCAGCACGUCGUCAGGGUAUUGCUGGCAAUAUGUUGAAGUUUGCAGUUUUAACAGCAAAAUCCAGAGGUAUUGAACAGGUAUACGUCCAUGUACGUAGAAACAACACACCCGCCCAAGCAUUGUACCAAAAGAUAGGAUUCGAGGUGGUUGAAACAGCAAGUUCACAGUUGGUAGAAGAGCAAACUUACCUUCUAUGUCUUAACACAGAGAAGCUAAACAAUGAACAUUGAUGUUGAUAUUCAUUUUAUAAAAAAAUCUUUGUACUGACAAUUGAAACUCACAAAAAGUAUGAGCGCAAUGAAAUUUGUUGUGUAAAAAAGUA